GAUACAAGUUGUAUAAACAUGAACGAAAUAAGAUGGAUAUUCUAUAGCAUAUAAUUGAAAAUCAAAGUCGAAAGUUUAGUCGAGUUUGGUUGGCGACAUUGUAGAAUGAGUUUCAUGAGGUAGAAAGAAUUAUCGAAUCUACGGUAUUAUAUAGGCAUGCGCGGGCGCAUGAGUAGCAGUCAGAAACAAACGACAAGCGUGAGCAAACAACUUGUGCGAAUAAGUGAUUACAGGAGAAGAGCGAAAACGAUCCGAGAUAAGUAGGGAGUGUCACAAUCAACGGAUGAAUUAAUUAACAAUCAUUACGUCCGAGGAGUCGUGUGCGAAAGGACGGCGUUUAGCUUGUCCUUUAGGUGUUGUUACGGCCGUGCAUUGGCAUUGUCCAGACGGCCGUAGAUGGAUGAAGUUCAAUGGAAUGGCGGCGGCGACGAAAUGGAAGCGCGGAGAUCCAUACGAGAUACGGGCAGAGCUCCCAAGAGAUAUGGUAGUACGGCCAGGCACGUGACAAGGGAGACUAUGUUUAAACACCUCGUAUCUAAGACUGAUACUCUCCAAGGCAUUGCGCUGAGAUACGGUGUUACGACUGAACAAAUUCGAAGGGUAAAUAAGCUUUGGGCUUCAGACAGUUUAUUUUUAAGGGAACAUUUGCUAAUUCCAGUUAAUAUUGAUAAUCGGUUAUCUAGUACAAGUACAGUUAUCUCCAUUUCUGAAAAUUUAAGCAGUAAUAAUAACGUUUCUAGUCCAUCUGCAGUGUCUUCUCAUGUUGAUGAUGAAAAUUCUUCUAUUAAUGACUUUCUAGCAAAAAUGGAUUUCUCUAUAGCAAGUGUAAAAAAAGAAAUGAAGAAAGUACAAGGCAGUAGUGAAUUUUUUAGAGAAUCAGAUGAUACAUAUAUACAAAGACGAAGAGCUACAGCUAGGUUGCGUAAUUCUCAUCCAGUUAUUUCAAAUUCUCAUUUGACUUCAGUUGAGAACCAACGGCCUUCUUCUUCUGGUGACAUAAAGAACUUACCAUCAGCAGUAGUGAUGACACAAGGUAGAAGAGUGAAAACGUCAUUGCAGAGGCUACAAAAAGAGCAGGACGAGAUAUUUCAACUGUAGCAGUUAUUUGUUGAUAUGCUUGAUCAAAAAAUUUCAUUGAAAACAAUGGUCAUUUUUAAUCACAUUUUGGUUAAGGUGAUAACUGGAUUAAGAGAUAUAAGUCUGUAUAAAUCAAUAUAUAUUAUUUUAAAAGAAUAUUGUAUUAGAUAACUACUUUCAAAUUAUUAUUUAGAUUCUCGUUUUAAUAAGAUUAAUAUGUUGGCAUAUAAAGCAGAGCAGAUUCAUGAAUUUUUAUUGUAAUUUGGUAAUUAUAAUAUCCAAGUCCAAGUAAGUUAU